GCCGCGCGCGCCUGGCGGCGGCAGCAACCCCAGCGCGUCACUUCCUCGGCGCGCGCGCCGGCGCAGCGGGUGAGCGGGGCGGGGCGGGAGGCCGGAAGGUUCCAGAGGGGCCGUGGGAGCCGCCGCACGCGCCAUGGCCGCAGCGCGCGAAGAGUUACAAAAAGAUUUGGAAGAGGUUAAAGAAUUGCUCACCAAAGCCACGAGGAAGCGGCUUCGUGAUGUCCUGAUGACGGAGAAACACAAGCUAGAGCUAGAAAUCAAGAAUCAGCCCCCUCCGAAGCCAAAAGAUGUGGUAGAGGAAGACAAGUCGUCGCUGGGGGGGUACACGGUGAAAAUAAACAACUAUGGUUGGGAUCAGUCAGAUAAGUUUAUUAAGAUUUACAUCUCUUUAAGUGGAGUCCAGAAGCUUCCAGCUGAGAAUGUGCAGGUGAAUUUCACAGAGAGGUCAUUUGAUCUGCUAGUGAAGAACCUGAAUGGGAAGAACUACACCAUGACCUUCAACAACCUCCUGAAACCCAUCUCUGUGGAAGGCAGCUCUAGAAAGAUAAAGACAGACAUGGUCCUUGUGAUGUGUAGGAAGAAGCGGGAGGAAAAAUGGGAAUGUCUCACUCAAGUGGAGAAAGAAAGCAAAGAGAAAGAGAAGGCUGCCUACGACACCUCAGAUCCUAGUGAAGGGCUUAUGAACCUUUUAAAAAAGAUGUAUGCAGAAGGGGAUGAUGAAAUGAAGCGCACCAUCAACAAGGCCUGGGUUGAAAGCAGAGAAAAGCAAUCCAAAGGGGACAUACCAAUGGAUAUUUGAAAGUACUCUAAGGGCCGCCUUAACACUGAUCUUCCAUGUGAGACACGCUGUGCUGCAAAGAUCAUUGUUUACACAACCUUCUUCCAGGCUUCCAAGACAGUCAUUUUCCAUUUCAGGUUGGAGAAAAUAUUUAAAUAAAAUACAGCUUAUAAAGCAUUUCCUUCAGUCAAGUGCUUCACCAUUUCCUGAAGAGUGGAGGAUAGGUAUAUCCUUACCCCUCCUUGAAAAAGCAUCUCAGAUGAGUGGAGAGUGCUGUGAAACAGAGAACAGAAUGUAAAGGAAAAGGAACCCUGAACUAGGACGGGUCAGGGCCUCUGCUGCAAGGGAGAGUUGUACCGGCUGGUUGCUGGGGCUAAUGUCAUGCUCACUACACGGGCUGUGGUUUUUUGGUUAGAUGUGGGAAAGUAUGUUGAACUGUAAAGCAUGUCACAAAGGGAGAAAUGCUGAAGAAAGUAGAACCACUAUUCAAGCACUUGAUAGUUGAUCAGAAACAGUAUGAUCUUAAUUCUAUGGUAUUAAAAUUUAAUUAUUCUCAGAAGUUAAUUACUGGCUGUUUAACCUGGUAUGAAUUUUGAAAAUGAAAACAGCUCUUUAGUGCCUAUGCUGUGACCUCCUUGGGGUGUCUCUGAGGUGGGGGAGGGGGGCAAAGUAGCCAUUACCCCUUUAUUACCCUGCUUUGAAGAAGAGUACAGGGCAAACAUGAGCUUAGCAGCAAGCUUCUUGUUACUCUUUCCUGCUUCCUUCUCAUGUGUCUCCCAAGGACAGAUGUGUUUGAUGUUACUGUACGAAUUAAGGAAGCCAUUAUUCUCUUAUGGUCUGGACUAGGACUUACUUGCUACUUUGUUAUUAAAGCAUUGGACCAAGUGCUGUACUACAAACAGUAGACAAAUAGUAGCACACUGUAGUUUCUAAUAGGUCCUUUAUCCACUUUGUCUGCUUGUUAAUACAUGUGUACUAAGUUUGCAAAGUGACAGUAUCUAAACUUGAGGCCAUGUUAUAUUUUCAGUUUGUGCUCACGCCUGUUCGUGGCAGAAUACCCCUUUACCCUGUUGUACAGUUUCAUUUAUGCUUUUACCCAAAUUACCAUGGUGAACUUACCGUAUGGUAGCAAAAAAACCUGUUUAAAUGAGCCAUUUAAAUGA